AGAGGAGAGAAUGCCUAUCCUGUGUGCAGUCUGAGUCUCUAUACUUAUAUUGGCGUCUCCAUUCUCUCGAAGGGCAGGAGCCGGAGGGCGCAUACAGAGGAUAAAAUCAGAGUGGUCAGGGAAAAUGUCGAAGAAACGAGGAGCUGCUUUGCUUCAGAAGGAUGCUCCGUGGAGAGCAUCAUCGGAAAAACCUAUUCCCAAAAUUCAUCAUUCUCCGAUUCUCCGUCUUUCCCAAACCCCUCAUACCGAUUAUGCCAUCUCCGUUAUGAAGCACCCCAAUCCCAUUGGAAGUGGGUUGGCCGAGGAAGCCAUAGUGGAAGCAGCGGGUCCAGACUGUAUCGUACCGGGGCAGAUAACGCCGCUCAAAUUACUUGGCGUCAAGGUCUGGCCUAUCAAUUUGGACAUGAAGAUUUUGGAACCAGUUGGACGGGAACUUAAGUUGCUUGGGAAGUUCAUGGAUGAUGCUGUCAAUCUUAUGAAUAAAUCAUUCAUAGAUCGCUAAUGUUGUGGUCCUAUUGAUAUAUUAUACGAGAAAAGAUGAAACAGGUGCAGUUUGAACGUCGAGAGAUUAGAAGCGUAGGCUAGAUGAGUCACUGUAGAUUUGCCUAUUUUUAUUUUAUUUUUUGUGUUACUUGAUGGUCCAUUAUCCAAGUCAUCUAAUCAAGAUGGUUUUGUUGGUUAGGGACAUGGUUUGUGAAACUUACCAGAGUACUCCAAAUGGAAUCUAUAUAUAGCUUUGUCUUCUUUGGUA